ACUGGCGCAGAGCCGUUCGCAGCCAAUCAGCUUGCGUGCGCGGCGUAGCGGUUUCAGUAAUGGCGUCUGAGGCUGAGAUGCGCUUGGCUUUAGAAAAAUGAAGCGUAGAAGAACUUACUUCUUACACUGAAAACGCGGGGUUUCCUUUCGUGAACUUUGCGUGUGAAGCCGUAUCAUCUCCCGGAGGUUUGCGCUCUUAUAUUAGCCAGUUCCCGACGUGCCGAGAUGAUGAAGCUAAAGUCUAACCAAACUCGCACCUACGAUGGAGACGGGUAUAAGAAGCGGGCCGCCUGCCUGUGCUUCAGGAGCGAGACCGAGGAGGAGGUGCUGUUGGUGAGUAGUAGCCGACAUCCUGAUAAAUGGAUUGUGCCUGGAGGAGGGAUGGAACCCGAGGAAGAGCCCAACGUUGCUGCUGUUCGAGAAGUGUGUGAAGAGGCCGGUGUCAAGGGCACUUUAGGGAGACUAGUAGGAAUAUUUGAGAACCAGGAUAGGAAACACAGGACGUAUGUGUAUGUUCUCAUUGUAAAGGAAGUACUGGAAGACUGGGAAGACUCUGUAAACAUUGGGAGAAAAAGGGAAUGGUUUAAAAUAGACGAUGCAAUACAAGUGUUGCAGUGUCACAAGCCAGUGCAGGCCACCUACUUUGAAGCUCUACAAGAGAGCUGCCUGACGAGCAACGGCACUCCGCUAGUGGCCACGAUAGCUGAAGACCUCUCACCCAGCUACAACAUCAAUCAGAGCUCUGUCUCUGACAUCAGAUAACUAACACACAACACUGACACUCCGGAUGCUUCCGCCACCACUCUCGCUCUUAUUCUUUCAGUAUUUUUUUUUUUUUCCUCUUUCUCUCUUUAUUUCCUUUUCUCUUAAAAUACGGUUUGCCUUGCCAACCCUUUUUUAGGUGCCAGAUAGGUGGCACAAACUUGACAAAGUGUUGGGUAAAUAUUCAAAAACAUGUUUUGUAAAUGUAAAUUCAAUGUUUGUUGCUCUCUACUCUGAUUUAUUUUUUAUUUUUUUUCCCCCCUUUCUCCUCUCCUUAAAAAUGGACAGUUGCAUGAAACUCUCCCGCCUCUUACUCCUUUUCCCUUUAGUGCCCUCUGUGACCCAAGUGUGAGGUUAAAUGAAUGCAAGAACUACUUUUUACUGUUGUGAUGUAAAUACACGUAGCCUAGUGCUUAUGCUUGAGGCUUUCAAUAUUUUUUACGCAUCCAUUUUUCUCAUAUGUGAGAGCGAGUGAGCAUGUAUUUUGUGUGAGUAGUGCGAGUAUGUGUUUAUUCUCAGAAACCAUCUCCUUCCCCCAGCAAUGAGAAGGAAAUACUUAGUUGCCUGAACAGAUGGAUUUGGUGAGAGGUCAGUUGGUUUGCAUGAGCACUGAUAUUUAUUUGUCUUACAAGUUUGGGAUCUGAAGAACUUUCAACCUGUAUUUGGUGUCAGUAGGUCUUUUGAGUGAUUUCUUCCUCCCUUUCUGCCCUUCUUGCCAUUUUGUAAAUAUCUUAUGGGUUGACGAAAUACACACCCUGGUUUAAUUAUGCUUGUUUCUUUACUAGAGUGGUGCCUAAAUGUGUGAGAACACCGACUUUUACGUGAUAGUAAAACCUCCAAAAAUGUUUACAAGGCCAGCAAUUAUUGGAAGCAAGCAGGGAGAGCCAGCAGCACAUGAAGAUAACUGAUGAGUUUUGUGCACUGUUCGCAUCCAUUCAUGCUGUAACAUGUAUAGCUGAUGAGUCCUACAGGUCCAGGAAUUUCAAUUUCACCCCUCAGAACCACUUAAAUCAAAAUGCGGGACAUGGUUGUAGAGUUUGAGGUGACAUUUGUGAACAUUGGAGGAUUCAACAGGACAGCUUCUUGGGGAAAAUAAACCUAAUAGGCACAUAUCGAGUGGAUCCCGCCUUUUUAAUUUAUUAGUGUCUCAGAUUACGGAGCUCUUUAUUGGACCUGGUAGGUCGGGCCAAUGUAACAGUGAAAACUAACUAUGGGCCUGUUAUUGAGGUGCUUUUUCUAUUUUGUUUGGUGACAUGGGAAAACCCUUCACAUUGUUAGAUUCUAAUAUAUCUGUUUCCUGAACUGAAAUAUGCUUUGCUCUUGCUUUCUAUCACAAGUCAAACCUGCUCAGACCCAAAAUCAGAGAUUUUGGAUUCUAUUAAAAAUCCAUUAAAAAGCACUUGCCUCUAUAUUUCUAAACAAAUCUUUUUUUUUCUUCUUUUUUUUUUUAAAUAAACAAAACCAAUUUUUGAUGAAUUUAUCUUGUUAACGCUGGUGGGGAAAUAAUUGCAGAUUAAUUCUGUAAGUUCUGUUGGGAAAAUUUGACACGUGUCCAUUUCAGCAUGGCAUUUAGCUGUUGAACGAUCAAAGCAGUAUUGACUGCGAAGUCAUCAAACUUACUAGCGAAGUAUUAGACAUCUUUAAACUGAUCACAUUUCCCAUUGCAUUUGUUAAACUGGCUCUUUGACAUGAUCUUUGAAGACCGCCAAGGCAAGGUAGCCUAAAUAAAAGCAUUUCUGUGUCAUAUUUGUAGAAUUUUUAUUUAUUUUUAGAGUAGAGAUGUUGGUAUAUUAGUGUCAUUAUAAAGCCAAUUUGAGCUUUUUCUGAUUAAUUCAGUCACAGUAAUAUCCGAAGGGUUUUCCCAGACCACCACACAUGUAUCUUAGAAAUUGGCAGAGGAUUUAAAAUAAAAAAAUCUGAUUUUAUCUUCAGAACAUUAAAGGCACAUUUUAGUUGGUUCAAAAACAGUUCCUUUGAAUGUUCCAACAGAAAACCCACAUGCCUUAGUCAUCCAACAGAUUAUUUUAAGCUUGUAAAAAGGCUAAUGCCAACUGCAUGAAGGCUGAUGUGGCCUCUUGUACCAUCUUGAUUUGGAUGAGAUGGUUUUAUUUAUGUAUGUUGAUCUCUGCAGUUUUUUUCCUUCAUCUCUUAAAAGAUUCGUUGGCACCUCAAUCAAGCACUUGCGUAUCUGCUUGACAGGAACUAUAACGUGCAGAUUAUAAAAACAUUGCAGAGAUAAACAGGGCUUGUAUAACUGAGACCUUGUUUCAUAAAGUUAGAAAUGUAGACUGUAACCCUCCCCUCCUUUUAUUCCUCAUAUUUUCUUUUUGUCUAGUAAGUUGUCUUAGCCAGGCUGCUUACUGCCCUUCUGAUGGCAUGCAGCAGUUGGCACAAUACUGUGAAUCUGGAGCCACUGUAGUUAGCCAGACUUUUUUUUUUUUUUUCCCUUCCUGUAUAGACUAAAUUCAAAAAGUCAAAAUACAGUAUGUGGUUAUUCACGUUGGGUAUGACGAUGGUACGCAGAGUUUCUGGUGAAUGACUAUGGAACUGUUCAAGCCCCCAAGCAUGAUGUUUGGGAAUGUAAUCUUUUUGGGCUGUUUAGGUUGCUGUAGGUGCAGGUUUACAAUGUUACUUGUAGCCAUUUGCAACAUUUCCUUCAACUUCUUUGUUCAGAUCAGAUUCUAACAAUUGUUAAUCUGGGUGUAAAUGUAUAGACACGCAAAUUACUGAGCUGAUCAUUUCACUGCUCUUAAAAUUUUUUUGAUUACUUCUGAGCACGCAAGAAAAUAAAACCCAUCUGCAUGGAGGCAGAAUCAGAAUCAGAAUCAGAAAGAUCUUUAUUGCCAGGUAUGUUUUCACAUACGAGGAAUUUGUUUUAGUGAUAGAAGCUCCACAGUGUAACAGGAUGACAUUGACAAGACAGAAACACAUAUAUAGACAGUUUGUAUGUACAGUGGAAAAAAUGUGCAAUUGAAAUGAACCAAUUCAUGGAUAUGAAUAGAUAUGACAGGUUUGUGUUGUCUUCAUGUAACACUAAAAUCACCUUUUUAGAUUACCUAAUAAUAUAUUUGGGUUCACAAUUACAAGAAGUCUUUUUUUUGGCUAAAGGCUACAGACUUGAUGGGAGUCUUAAGAAUGUCCCAAAGCACAACCAUUUGCAUACACAGAAAUGUCUGAUUGUAUGAUUAAAGAUUCAUUUUUAUUAUUGUAUGUCGUGUAAAAAAAAAGUUGGAUCUUUUCCAAUAAAAAGAUCCAGCUCUUGCUAAAAAGCAAAAGGCUUUACCAUUUUAAAAAUUGACCGCCACACACCGUUCACACUACUGCGCCUUCCAGCACAGAGCCAGUGUCAUGCAUUAGACCCUGAAUGUAAACUUGUUUAUAUAAAAUCACCAGCUUGAUUUAGUAAAUGUUUUAAACAAAACCUACCCUCAGAUUUGCUACUUGCUCCAAAAGGGAAAAAAAAAUGUCUGCUGCCUAUAAACACCUACAUCACUUAUACAGCCCAUAAAGCUGUGACUUUUUUCAGUUUCAACAAACAUACCUGUAACAUUUGCGUGGUGAUUUUGGGAUUGUGGAAUAUACCAGUAUGAGAAUGUAAUAUAAAUGUGCCAACAAAUAAACAUCAGUAUUUCACCUAA